AUGUCUCAACAACAACAGACUUUUGAUGAACAAUUAUCUCAACCAAACCCUCAACAAUCCCAACGGCAACAAAAUUAUCAUGAUGAUGGAGGGCUUGAACAUUACGUUCAGCAACUCCUUCAACAACAACAACUUCAGCUACCAAUUCAAAAUAUCAGUCAACAACCCCAACAACAAAAUUAUGACCGACAACUUCAACAUCACGUGCAACAAAAUCUUCAGCAACAUAUUCAAAAUUUCGGUCAAGUGCGACAACAAAUUCAACAAAUUAAUAAUCCAAGUCAGCAACCGUUUCAACAAACUCAGCCAGCUCAAAAUAUUGAUCACGGAGUUAUUGCAUUUGAUAAUUCAUUCAACUCAAAUACAUCACCUUCACCAUCAAUCAACAAUGGUAUCA